CCAUCCCAGCCCCUCCUUCUCCCUGUCUCUGGCUGCAUGGAGGAAGUUGUGGAGGUGACCGGGUGGCAGGCAGACAUGCUAAGGGAGAAGGUUUGCAACAAGAGAUGAGGUGCCUGUGUCCUGCACUCUGCCCUGUCCUCUGCCACUGGCCCCUGGGCCGGGGACAUUGUGGGGGGGGCUCCUUUGUCCCCCUUCCCUUACAAGGUCUCUUUUCUGCCCAUCCUCAGUGCCUGCAGUGCCCAGUCUGGGUGGCAGCUGAAGGCCAUCAGGAAAUGAGGUUCUGUGGGUGGGUGGGCAGGCUCAGGAAGCUGUGGUAGGAGGGUCUAGGAUUUCCUGCUCAGACCUUGGUGAGCCCAGCUGGGACAGGGGGCUGCAGUGGUCCGAGCCUGCCUGGAUCCGUUCCCAACUCAUCUCCUGAGGCAGGGGGCUCACCCUUGCGCCUUUCCUGGAGAGCGUGUUUCUGUGUGUGUGUGUCCUCUGAGUGUCUGACGGCCUUGGUCUGUGUCUGUCUGUUUCCAGAGGUGUCCAUGCAGGCUGUAGAUCUGCCCAUGAUCCUGUGUGCGCCGUGGCACCGUCUUCCAUGUGUGUGGCCUGUGUGUUUGUGCAUCCCUGUGAGCGUCUGCGUUUCCGAGUGUGUAUCUGUGUCUCUGUGUGUUCACCCAUAUGCCUGUCUGGGCAUCUCUGUCUAUGUUUGCAGUAAUGUGUGUCCCCAUGUGUCCCGUGAGUGUCUGUGGACAUGCUCUGUGCCUUCACAUGUGUCCCUGAGCCUUGGUUGCCAUGAAGAUGCAGGGAUAAGUCCUGGGGGACAGUCAGGGAUGCAGGGUCCUGGGGCAUCUGCCCAUUCCAUCCUCUCCUGAUUUGCCAGGUAUCCUAGCGACGCUGCUGCCAGUUGCUUAGCAACCAGGUCCCUGUUCUUGGAGAAGGUGCUCUGGGCAGGGUCUGAGCUGUGUCGGUAGAAGUCUGCUUCUCCUUCAAAGCCUGUGUUGGAAGAACAACCCCAUGACCAGGUGGGAGCUGGAGAUUCAGCUCGAGGGUCACCCACACGGCCUUGACCUGUGACCUUUCAUCUCAGUGGAUCGGGCAGGGGAUCCCCGUGCUGAGAAAGACGCAACUCCAAAGGAGUCGCUCAGCUUUGUGGGUGCCAGCGCCGUGUGUGGGGAGCGAUGCUUGGCACGGCUCUGGGACCCAGCUGCGGCAGACGUGCCCUUGGCGUGUCUCCAAGUGACAAGCAGACCUCGGGUUUCAACCCAUCUCUGUCACUCUGCAGGGCCUCAUGCCGCUGAAGCUUCAUGCUGUCAGCAAUGGCGGGUGCGGUGGGGGUGACUGAGCUUCGAGAGCACGCAGUAGGUGCUGGGCCAGUGCUGGGUCUCGCCUGCUUGUUUACCACGAAGCUUUGAUCUGCGGAGAGCUGGCCAGGUGGGGGAUUUUGUGUGCCGGGAGCCCAGCGAGGGGGUGCUGUUCUGGGCACGGAACGCCAACUCCGGCUGGUCCGGACCAGCUGUCUCUGUGUCCUGCGCAGCCCCUCCCCCUCCAGAGCUGCAGCCUCCUCCCCCCCACCCCCGCCCGCGUCGGGCUGCUGGGCUCAAUCGGCUGCUGCGUCUGGUCUGGCGGUCUGGCGUCUGCUGAGGAGACGGAGACCCUGUGCUGAGCCAGUGGCGGCUGGGACUCUUCCACCCUGCUCUGCACCUGCGCUCGACUGCCGGCUGGCUGAGGGUGGCGGUCUCCACGGUGGUCCCAGCUCCCAAGAAGGUUGCAGAGGUGCUACACUGAGUGGAUUUGCAGGGCACUGGCAUGGAGCCCCUCUUCCCCGCCCCAUUCUGGGAGGUCAUCUAUGGCAGCCAUCUCCAGGGCAACCUGUCCCUGCUGAGCCCCAACCACAGCCUGCUGCCUCCGCACCUGCUGCUCAACGCCAGCCACGGCGCCUUCCUGCCUCUUGGGCUCAAGGUCACCAUUGUGGGCCUCUACCUGGCUGUGUGUGUCGGGGGGCUCCUGGGGAACUGCCUCGUCAUGUAUGUCAUCCUCAGGCACACCAAAAUGAAGACAGCCACCAAUAUUUACAUCUUUAACCUGGCCCUGGCAGACACUCUGGUCCUGCUGACACUACCCUUCCAGGGCACAGACAUCCUCCUGGGCUUCUGGCCAUUUGGGAACGCUCUGUGCAAGACAGUUAUCGCCAUCGACUAUUACAAUAUGUUCACCAGCACCUUCACGCUGACCGCCAUGAGUGUGGAUCGCUACGUGGCCAUCUGCCACCCCAUCCGUGCCCUCGAUGUCCGCACAUCCAGCAAGGCCCAGGCUGUCAAUGUGGCCAUCUGGGCCCUGGCCUCUGUUGUUGGCGUUCCUGUGGCCAUCAUGGGCUCGGCACAGGUCGAGGAUGAAGAGAUCGAGUGCCUGGUGGAGAUCCCCGCCCCGCAGGACUACUGGGGCCCUGUGUUUGCCGCCUGCAUCUUCCUCUUCUCCUUCAUCAUUCCCGUGCUGAUCAUCUCCGUCUGCUACAGCCUCAUGAUCCGGCGGCUGCGUGGAGUCCGCCUGCUCUCAGGCUCGCGGGAGAAGGACCGGAACUUGCGGCGUAUCACUCGGCUGGUGCUGGUAGUGGUGGCUGUGUUCGUGGGCUGCUGGACGCCCGUGCAGGUCUUUGUGCUGGUCCAAGGGCUGGGUGUGCAGCCGGGCAGCGAGACUGCUGUGGCCAUCCUGCGCUUCUGCACAGCCCUGGGCUACGUCAACAGCUGCCUCAACCCCAUCCUCUAUGCCUUCCUGGACGAGAACUUCAAGGCCUGCUUCCGCAAGUUCUGCUGCGCGUCCGCCCUGCGCCGGGAGAUGCAGGUGUCUGACCGUGUGCGCAGCAUUGCCAAGGAUGUGGCCCUGGCCUGCAAGACUUCUGAGGCGGUGCCGCGGCCCGCAUGACUAGGCGUGGACCUGCCCAUGGUGCCCGUCAGUCCGCAGAGCCCCUCUACGCCCAACACAGAGCUCACACAGGUCACUGCUCUCUAGGCUGACACAACCUGAGCCCUAAGCACCCAGAGCCUUGGACGGGCUUUUCCCUGUGGGCCAGGGACACUCGGUCCCAGAGGAGGACCUAGCGACAUCUUGGGACAGGUCAGAGCAUCAGGGCUACCUCCAAGGUCCUGGACACACUGAAGCUGCCCUCCUUGUGCAGGGCUGCAGAGACACAAGGACCUACCUGGAAGCGUCUGCUAUGCUGGUGGACGGCCCUGACUGGCGCCCGUGCCCCCCACGUCUCCUGUUACUCUUGGCCGCUCUGCUGCUGUGUUGGCAGAACCCUGGAUGAGCAUGCACCUGAGAAGCCGCAGCAGCUGUCAUCGUGCGCACCCCACGUGCUGUGUCCGUGUGUAUGGCAGGAUUCCAGCUGGCUUCAGUCCUGUGGCAUCUCCUCAGGGCAGUUGCACAGGCUUGGCACCACCCCGUUAAGUGCAGCAGGCAGCUUUUCUGUGGGGUGGGACUUGCCCUGAGCUUGGAGCUGUCACCUGGAGGACUUGCUGUUCUGACUGCAGCCAUGCAACCAGGGUCACCCCAAGGGGGAGCGUCCAGGUGGACUGUCAGUCCCUGGCUGCAGACGCUGAGAUGGGCCUGGGCCAGCCACGCCUCCGAAGGUUUCCUGUGUGCUGCCCUGUGCAGUCUUCAUCUCUGACUGCCCCUUGGCUCUGGGCCCAACCCCGUUUCCCUUCAGGAGAGCAGCGGGAGGCCCUGACCUGUUCCCUCCGGCAGUGCAGCUGCCCUCCCGCUGUGGACGGGACCCUCGGCUGAGCUCUGCUUGGUGCGUGGGAGGGGCUCAGGAGGAAGGCGCCGUGUGACCACCAUGGGCAGCUCUGUUGUUCACAAAGUAGAGGCCUCAUUUUCCUGGUCUCGACUUCUCUGUUUGGAGCAGGGUGGGGGAAGAUUUUCUGGGGGUCGCCACAUCCUCCCAGGGCUCCCCUCAUACUCUUUCCUUUGCUUGGAGUCAGCGGUCGGUGGCUGUGCUGUGCUGCGGGGGAAACUGUGUAGAAGGAGAGCCCAGUGGCCACAGCAGAGUUCUGCUCUGGUGAUGCCUGCUUCAUUUACAAGCCUCAAGAUGGUCCUUCGCAGGGAUGAGCUUGCUGCCUAGUGGGAGGGUGGCUUCGCAGCAGAGCCAGCGUGAGGCAUGGGGCUUGGCAGGGCUUGCUUGACCCCAGCUGCAAGAACUGUGGUGGCUGCAGGGACACUUGGGUGGGGGGGUGCAGUAUCUGUACCUUGCCGCAGUCACCCAGAGAGUCACCCUUCCCGGUCUAUAGAUGGAAGCUGCAGGUUGGUGACUUUGCAAAUGCACUUCCUACAGACGAACUAUUAAAAUACCUGCAACAUUGAAAAAACUCAACUUUUUCACCAAGACCUUGGCCAGGUAACCUUAGGCAGCUGCAAAGAACAGGAAGUGAUGGUGUCUCACCACAGAGCCUGCUCCUCCAGGUCUGGGGAGCCUUAGCCGUGGGGAUUGUUCCUGAGGAGGCCUGUGCUGUCUCCAUGACAUCUGUGGCCUCUGCGAACGGGAGCUGCCUAGCUGCAGUGUUUUCUUGCCAAGGCUAAGUGUUUUGUGAAUCUGCACUGAUGUAAUUUGCAUCUUCACGUAUUUAUGCAUGUGGCUAUGCACAUAGCCCGCCCUGGGUCUGUCUCCCAGGUCAUGAAAAAGGAGCCUAAUAAAUGCUUGCUCACUG